CAACCCAUUAACGCUUUACGACUCAUUCAAAUAAUCACUAUACACAGAUGACGACUGUUUGUAUUCUUUUAAAAUUAUAUAGCAAUUAGCAACCACUACUGGUUUAGAGCCAUUUCCAGGAAAAGGCACGCAGCAUCCAUAAGUGGUUUAGGCAAUCACGCAGAUUAGAUAUACCAAGAAUGUCAGCUGAAUUCCCUCAGGCCAUAAACAAAUAAAAAAAAAAAGAAAAAGGAAAAAGGAACGUAUUAAGAAAAGAUCCUUUAUAAAAACAAAUCCGCGACCCAAACCAACUACAAGUCUACAACCAGAUCCCUUAAUACGGAAAUUUUGAAAGCAGACUCUCCGCUCAUGAGUCAUGGUGCUGCCUAAGGUCAUAUUCUGUACCGCGGUCUCUGUAGCCACACUAGCGGUUAUCCUCUUGGCCGUAGUCUCACCGGUCUCCCACAGGAAGGCACAAAAGCAGCAGGCGAGCCCUUGGUUGGCCCUCUCCCUCUACAUCCAACAGCCACACACUACAGUUCCCAGCAAGCAGCCCGCAUCACCAUCUCACCGUGGAGCAUUCUUAUUCCAUCACACACUUACGGAAGGGCCUGAAAACACCUCACGGGUCAUUGGGAAAGCUCAAGGCUUCAUCAUUCCAGUCGAGGACUUCGCGCAUUCUGUAUUCAACAUCAUAUAUCUAACUUUCGACACACCAGAGUACUACGGUAGCCUUGGUGUCCAAGCUAAGAAUGUAGGCUACAAGGACAGAGAAGAGUUUAUGGUGGUCGGAGGGACAGGAUCCUUUGCCUUCGCACGUGGACUUGCUGUUUUUGCGCAUACAGAUCGUCAACCAUCCGAUGUGGGUGCUAUGUACCACCUGAAGCUGCGACUGAAACUCCCCAAUCCAACUGAAAGGAUUCCACGAUGAAGCCAGAUCAAUAUUUCGGUCCAUUCAUUUUUUUACUUAAUCUUUUUUUUUUUUGUAUGAUACCAAGGAUCAGCCCGAACAACAGAGAUUUUUGCGGUUAGCUCCCAUGCAGCUUUGUUCAGAAAAUUUGCCUUUCGAAUAACCUCCCGUUCAGAAUCAUUGUGUGUGCCAUCAUACAAUUCUUCCUCCAAGCAGCGAACUAGACAAUCAGCCAAUAUGUGGGUACAUCUGACGCAUCCCCCACGCCAAAAGCCAAGGACGCACAGCAUACGCACCACACCAUGACGGCAUGACCAAUUUUCCCACUUGGUAUAUUUUCUCUAAUUGCUGCUCUGCCCGCAAGCUGACAGGUGGACAAAUAUCGCCAGCUUUAUUAAAAUGCUUCCCAGUCCCAGAGAUCAUUAAUAGUUACUGUCCGUCCUCAUAGUAUUUCAAACGAGGAAAAUUGAAAAAUCUCCGACCAGGCAAAACCAUCACAUGUCAACUACAGAGAGCUUUGCUGCAGAAAACUCGAGCUAAAAUGUUCUUAUUUAUCUUUCUUUAGAGGGUAGCUUCAACACUAAACCUUCGGUAAAUAAGAACAAGGCCCACCAUUUAAUGGGUUCAUAUGAUCGAAUAAUUGGAUCUUAGUAAUGUCCAUUUUUUAGAUGGUGCCAAAACAACGUUACAACCAUGAACCAUGCUAAUUUUUGUUUUGGUACACAGGAUAAUAUUGCAUGUGGACUCUUGAUACGCCCUCGUUGACUGUCUCGUAUAUAUAUAGUUUUAUCCAUUUUAGCUCCAGCCUUUUGUAACAUCACUCAAAACGUUUAAAGUCUUAGAUGAAUAUGCUUCACGAAUAAAAGAUCCCUCCUAUUGAGGUGAUGAGAUUUCUCUGCAAGCAAAAAACUUGAUACACUCUGCAAGCAUGGAAUCCCACCGACAUUGGAGACAUCUCCUCAUGAACUUAAAAGGUCCCGAUCUGCUCACAACAAAAAAUUAUCUCAACACAUGAUCUGUAUCCGCAUUUUGCAAACAUGAUGGAUCCCAGUCUCAUGGUGAGAUGUGCAGACACAGAAGCAUAUCCCAGCUCUGAAUUUAAUAUACAUGCACGGGAGAUGUUUGCAGGGGUCCGUUAGCAAGAAGCCAAGAACAUUAUGUAGCAUCCAAAAUGCCAAAUUUUAAAUCAGAGAAACUACAUAAACAAUUUCUCUUCAACGUUUGGAUUUAAAAUGUGAAGGACAUGUUGACCGCAUAAACAGAGGCCGUCGUAGUUUAACAAAAGAAAAUUUAUAUAUAUGGUGAACCUCUGCAAAGCUCCACUGCCUCCUCUUCUCCAUCCUAAUCCUUUCCUUCCAAA